GGAGACGGCCCCGUGGAUCCGCUCAGGCGGGACAGAAAGAAAAGAAGCCCCUCCCCGCAGAUCAUCAGCGCGCCAGUCCAUGCUCCUUUUAACUGCAUUGUUGGGGGAAGAAGCGACGCCCCGCUUUGAGGAUCAAACAGCCCCCUGUGAUCGGCACGACCCCCAGUUCUGUUCUGAUGGAAAUCAGACCCAGCCUCCUGGCCGCACUCUCCGCGGACAUGCGAAGUUGAAGGCGCAUUCCCAGCCGGGACAACUCGCUAUGUGGGCGCCUCGGAGAGGCUGAUCGUUUCAUUCUAACCCCUGAUCUCUUCUGCACCCCCCACCCUCCCCUCCCAGCCUGAUUUGCUCUUAUUCGCUCCCUUCCUUUUGUUUGAUUUCACUACACCAUGCUGCAUCCGACGAGCCGCCUGCUCCUCUGCGCGCUCCUCGGCUCCGUUUACGCGUCGUGCCCUCCGCGCUGCGAGUGCUCGGAAGCGGCUCAGACCGUCAAGUGCGUCUCCAAAGACCUGAGGAGUGUCCCCACCGGGAUCCCCGGAUACACCAGGAAUCUGUUCGUGACCGGGAACCGGAUCGGUCGAAUCGGUCCGGAGUCUUUCAGGGGUCUGGAUAACGUGACGAACCUCUCUCUCAGCAACAACAGAAUUUCAGAGGUGGAGGGCGACACCUUUUCUAGACUUCUCCGUCUUCGCUCUCUGGAUCUGAGCAACAACCAGCUGGCUGUCAUACACCCUCAAGCCUUCAGCGUCCUCAGCCAGUCCCUGCGGGAGCUCAACCUCAGCCGAGCCCUCUACAACUACUCGUCGGUGAUGGACCUGGCCACCUCCCUUCAUUUCAGCUCCAUGCGGAACCUGCAGGUUCUGGACCUGUCCGACAACAGCCUCAUCUACCUGCCGUCGCGCAUCUUCUCGCGCCUCGGCGGCCUGCGACGGCUCCAGCUCUCCAACAAUUCCCUGGUGGCCAUACGCAACCUCACCCUCUCCGGUCUGGAGAGCCUGGAGGAGCUCGAUCUGACACUCAACGCCCUGAAGACCUUCGCCGACGAAGGCUUGCGAGAGUUGGACUCCGUGCCCCGAGCCUCCCUGCUCCUGGGGGAGAACCCGUUCACAUGCAACUGCGGCAUUGAGCCCUUCGCGCAGUGGCUCAACGGCUCCCAGGAUCGCGUCAAGGAUGCCGAGUACCUCGUGUGUGCCUUCCCUCCUAGCAUGAGAAACACAUCCAUCCUCGCGGUGGGCACACUGACUCUGGAAUGCCACCAGAGGGACACGGGGGCAGACCUGGCUUUGCAGACUUCUUACGUCUUCUUGGGAAUUGUCCUGGGCUUCAUAGGCCUCAUUUUCCUCCUAGUUCUUUACCUGAACCGCAAGGGAAUCAAGAAGCGCGUCUAUGACAUGCGGGACGCCUGCAGGGAGGUCUGGGAGGGCUACCACUACCGCUUUGAGAUAGACUCCGACCCGAGGUUAUCGCAGGUCUCCACAAGCGCUGAUGCAUGAGAAGCCGUUCUCUGCACUUCUUCCAUCGGAAACUCUUUGUCCUAAUUCAUUUAUCAGCAGCAGAAUGUAAAAAGAAAUGUACAGACGUGCCUGUAAAUAUAUACAUAUAUAUAUUAAAAAAAACAAUACUUUGAUCGAAGCAUGCACUCCUCCGUCAAAUGGAGAUGUUUGACAUUUUCAAGAAGCAAAAGUAAGUGCCUAAAGUAAGCUCAGUAUUGUUUCUCAAUAUACGAAUAAAACAGAUCUUAUAAAAAAGGAAAAAAGAAAAAAAAAAAAACAGCAGCCCUCCAAUAAAAUUCUGACACUAUGAAAACAAACCUUUGGGAAUUUAAAGCACAAUCGCUCAUUCAUCUUUGAUCCCUUUCAAGCCCUUUGGUCUCUCCGGCCUCCUGCCCCAGGGUGCCAGGCAGGAAUUAAGCCACCAAAAGCUUUUUCUUCCCCCCUUCCCUCAAAGCUCCUCUUAAAAUCACCACUCUGCCCCUCUUUGGCUGUUGGAUUAGAAAGAGAGGAGACAAUUCAGCACAGGCCAGCGGAAAUCUCCCUGCCCCACCAUUUUUUUCCCCCUCCUUUCUCAUUUUCGUAAAACUUUGCUUUGUUUCAACUCCUUGGGUUUUAUUGUCAAAAUGAUGAGAACCAGCCCCGAGCUGAGGCCGCCGAAAGCAGCCCCCCCCCCCCUCCCUCGCUCCUUAAAGACAACAGCCCGCGCUCUGGAGGCUCUUUGAAGAAAGAAAAAAAAGAAAAAAGGUCUGGCUCUCCACGUUUUUCUGUUUAGUGGGGUUUUUUUUCCCCCUCCCUGCUAUGAUAAGAUACAGAUGAUUCUGAAAUACCAGCCACAUUGUUUCAUUCACAAGGUUUUUAAGAAUUUGGACAAGAAGGAACAAUAUGUGCUUUAAAGGGUUAGUUUAGAUUUUCUGAAGUGGGCGUUCUUUCAUCAACGGCUUUCUUAGCUGUGGUAGGACAGUGUCACAUCGCAGUCAGUUUGCAGUGAAGAACAGAACUCGCCAGAGCGCCGGUGGUCAAACGGAUCAACGGAACCAGUGCUUCAUGUGCUUCGACGUGGGUCCGUUAGGUAGCUGUGUUACAAGUAGAGGGCGUCUUACCAGCGGUAAACAGCACUCAAAGGGUACUUUUGUUUGGACAGUUGGGGGCCACGUAUCAUGGGAGAGUGAAGCCAACGGCUCAUCUUAAAAAAGCCAAGCGAAAACUGCAGCUAAAGCCAAAACUAUUAGAAGAAGUAUGGAUGGACUCUUUGCCAUCAUCCAAAUCUUUAGCUGCCUCCACAGGUUACCUAUCGGAUUCAAGUCCGGGCUGAAAACCUCCAGAACCUAUUUAUCACUACUCAGACAAAAAAAAUGUAUUAGUAAAAUGAUAGGAUUACUGUAAAUGUAAGUCUGCCAAUGGUAUGAAUCAUUUUUAAUUUAACCUGCAUAAGCACAGAAACUAGGGUUGCAGUAUAUCAAUGGCAGUCCAUCAGACUUGUCAUAUUGGCAAACAGAAAUUAAAUGCAUGUCACUUGAAAUGUAAUAACUUGCAUCUUUUUUGAUUGCAAUGAUGAUUACUUAUAUUUACUUUAUUGUGCAGCCCUGUAAUUGACAGGACACCAAAGAUCUCUAGUGAAAGGUAAAGGGGGCCUAGUCAUGUAUUUUGACCAUAAAAAGAAAACACACAAAAAACUUCUGUUCAUUGUCAGAUAAAACUGUACGCCAAACGUUCAUCCUGAUAGUUUUUUAAUAAGUCCUUUUUCUGCCUAAAAAAACACUUUGUAAUGUGGAACUAUCAGAAAGCAAGAUGGCGUAGAUGGACGCAGCAACUGUAAGAGCUAGCAGACCAUCCUGUAAUGCCUCGUGGUAAAGCGACAGCUAACCCUCGAUCUACAGGGUUAGGGUUGUAUGCCACCAGAAAGAGCUACUGGCGUAGAAAUGUGUAAAGUCAUAGCGACUAGGCCCUUUUAACGUCAGCUAGUAUAGCUUUGUGCUCUACAGAUGCUACUAGCUGUUAGCUAGUGUUAGCCUUCUGGGGAUUUAUUCUCUUUUCCACUCACUGCGAUAUGACAUCUGUCUGCUACAGGUAACUACAGGAACUACAAAUAAAAGACAUAAGAAAUCUAAACCCUCCUUUUGAAUUUUCACUGCUACUUUGGCCUCGUACCGUUGGAGCAAUGUUGUGUGUGUUGUAUUUGUACUUGGAAGUCAGAUUUUUCAGCUUUCUGGUAGGAAAAAAAAGAAGAACCCACCCUGAAGUCCAAAUCCAGACUAGAAAUCCUGGCUCAUUAUUCUGUAGGGCGGCUAUUGUAAAAGUGGCAGGCAUAAAUGUUUUAUUAGCGGUUCUUAUUAUAUUUCAUGAAACGUGCAGGACUCAUAGUUUAGUACAUUGCUUAGUCAUAAACAUGCCCUUUUGAAUGCAUGAAUAUACCAAAAUAAGUUAUCUGUUUCUAAAGGUGCAAUCACAUUGGUUCCUGCCUCAUGCAAGUUACCAAAUUGAAAAGCCUGUAUUAGACAGGUCUAAAUUAGGAAAUGAUGUGGAUUUUCUGGGAAAUCGAGCCCUGUCACGUCUUUGAAGUCUGUGUCUUGCUUUAGAUGCGCCCCCGGUUUGAAUAGUGAAUGUGAAUUAGGAUCAAGGGCAUGGAUUUCACAGUGGUCAGCUGUGUCAGAAUGAGAUGCUUGGUUAUGCCAUCAGUUUCACUUUUAGUUGCAAUCAUCCGGCACCCUCAAAGGAGGGAAUCUGCCUCAGCACAGAUAGUGCUUGUGUCACGUUGCGCCAGAUUAACAAUGCAGUCAUUUGGUCUUUCCAGUAAUAUUUAGGAAGCAUUUGUGUAAAUGCUGUAGUAGUGGCGCAUAUGUGUGGCAACAUUUGCACAACAGUAAUGGGGCACUCAUGGUGUGGAAAUUGAUAUGUCCAAAAAUCGGUUUGCAGGCAACUUAGCUGCUGGUUGAACUGUGUAACAUAGGAAGGUGACGGUGGAACGUUAUUUAGGCGAGGUGGCGUAUUUUCCUUUUGCUUUGAAAUAAAAGGAAACUGUGCAAUAACAGAACAGCACCACAACUAGUAGCAAAUCCAACCGGUUUGGACUUCCAAUUGAAACAUGCCGUAUCUGGGUGGGACAUCACUUUGAGAUCUGAUAUCUGACCUCUGAGACAAAUUGGUCACAGCAACCCGUGUCAGUCCUUGUUUUUCCUACAAACGAUUCUCUGUGUCCUUCCGAUGCUUUCGAAUCAGACCAAAAGAAGAAAUGGCGCGCUGCCAUCGCUCAAUGUGUUUAUUGCCCAAAUUGCUAGCUAUCAAGGUAUUUAGAAAAGGCUGAUGGAGGAGGCCUGGAAUUAAGCAAAACAGCCUCCCUUUGUUCAGAGCCAGAGCAGCAUCUUCAUUCUAUCAAUAUGUCCAAACCUCUCGGGCCGUGAUCCCAAAGUGUUUAUGCCAUGGAGCCUUUUCAGUGCAUGUGGAAUGACAAAAAGAAACAUGAGGUACUCUUGAUGUCUGUACACUCGUUUAGCCCAAAUGUAAUCUUGUGUGUUUUGAACGCAACACAAAUGAAUGUAAUCUGAAUGUUUGGAUCGAGGGUCGGGGGUAUCAUUUCCCCCGAGCCGCAGCGCCACAUUAAGCCGGACAUUUAGUCGCUGAAGGAGAAAACAAUUGAGCCUUGCAGACUGACACAAAGGGCCCGGCUGAUGGUGAGACGCUACAAAUAGGCUUUGUUUUCAAGCAUAAAAAAAAAAAAAAAAAAAAAA